AUGACUUCCCUUUAUGCACCUAGUGCAGAGGAUGUCAUGAAAAGAUUGAGACCGUUCGGUCUUUUCUUUGAGAAAUCCCUGAAGGAUCUGAUCAAGGGGAUAAGAGCAAAUAGCGAAUCACCAGAACAACUUCACCAAUUCCUUAUACAAGCACUAGCCGAGUGUAGGGAGGAAGCCAAUUCACCUGAUCUCAAUUUAAAGACCAAUUCUGUAUUAAAGCUCACGUAUCUGGAGAUGUAUGGUUUUGAUAUGUCGUGGGCCAAUUUUCAUAUUCUAGAAGUUAUGAGUAGUAGUAAGCUUCAGCAUAAAAGAGUUGGAUAUUUGGCUGCCUCUCAAUCGUUUCACAAAGACCCUGAUAUUUUAAUGCUUGCUACGAAUCUGUUAAAAAAGGAUUUGAAAUAUGAUGGCAAUAAUGAUACGUUGAAAAUGGGAAUUGCUUUGAGUGGGUUAUCUAAUAUGAUCACGCCUUCGCUUGCCAGUGAUAUAUGUGAUGACCUGUUUGCUAUGUUGGGAAGUUCGCAUGCAUACAUAAGAAAAAAAUCAGUGACAGCUUUAUUCAAACUCUUUCUGCAGUAUCCUGAGGCCUUGAGAGAUAAUUUUGAUAGCUUUGUUGCGAAACUUGAAGACGAUGAUCUCUCCGUUGUUUCUGCAACGGUAAGCGUUGUUUGUGAACUAUCAAAAAAAAAGCCAGAACCCUUCAUUCCCUUAUCUCCAUUGUUUUAUGAGAUGCUGAUAAAUAUCGACAAUAAUUGGAUCAUUAUUCGAUUAUUGAAGCUAUUCACCAAUCUUUCACAAGUUGAACCAAAACUGAGAACUAAGAUUCUACCAAAAGUUUUAGAACUUAUGAGUAUGACGUCUGCCAUUUCAGUAAUUUACGAGUCGAUAAACUGUAUUGUGAAGGGCCACAUGCUUGACUCUGAUGACUAUGAUACGGCUUUGAGCUGUCUACAAGAAUUGACCAAGUUUUGCAAUUCGAACGAUCCGAACUUGAGAUACAUCAGUGUUGUCUUGUUCUAUAAAAUAGGAAAAAUCAACACAGAUUUUAUAUCGGAAUUCGAUUCACUUGUUAUUCGUCUUCUCAAAGAUCCUGACGUCUCAAUCAGAAGCCGCGCUUUGGAAUUAUUAGAGGGAGCUGUUGAUGAAGGAAAUAUUAAGAAAAUUGUAGAAAUCCUCAUUGGGCAGUUCACUGCAAAUGAUACCGUGUUUGUCUCGCGGCUUGGUGAACCGGUUGACAGUUUUAACCCCAGAAAAGAGGUGACGAUUGACAUUCCAUUGUCUUACAAAGUUAAGAUGGUUCAAACAAUUUCGAGAAUCUGUUCGAUGGACGAUUAUGUCAACAUUUCCGACUUUGGAUGGUAUAUUGCCGUCCUUUCCGACUUAUGCGUCAUUUCUCAGGAUUUAAAUGAUGAGUCUUUGGGGUACCAGCUGGGGGAGGACUUACGAAAUAUAAUGGUUAAGGUUCCUAGUAAGAGAGAUAGGGCUGUGAGAACAAUUAUAGGUUUGAUUUCCAACAAAGAUAUUGUUCAGCAUUUGCCUGCAGUACUGAAAGAGUGUUUCUGGUGUAUUGGAGAGUAUUCUUCGUUGAUUGAAAAUGGAGAUGAUCUUCUAAGGCUGAUAAUAAAGGAAAGAAAAUACUCUGCAGAUAUCGAACAAGUCUUAAUUCAGUCGUUGAUAAAGGUUUUUAGCAAUUGGUGCAAUCGUCAUGAAAACAUUCCUGUGAAGUCUGUGAAGGACAUGACGAACGAAUUGAUAGUCUACCUCGAAUCCUUGAGCUUUUCAAAAUCCUUUGAAGUUCAGGAGCGUAGCGUUGAGUAUCUUGAAUUGCUGAAGCUGUGCUCGGAAUCGCUUGAUAUGGAUGAUAAUGAACUACCGAUACUGAUGACAGAAGUUUUACCUAGUUUAUUUGAUGGAUGGGAAUUAAAGCCUAUAUCACAUGGCACGCAAAGAAAGCUUCAACGUAAUCUAUCAUUGGAUUUAGAAACUCCAUUCUUAACCGAAGAUAUGUUACAAGAACUCAUUGAUCAAGAUGAAUUUCAGGAGGGAUUCGACUCUUUGGGAGAAUCAGACGCUGAAUCUGAUAAUGAAUCUGAGACUUUUUCUCAAUUUGAGAACAAAACUCCCUCAGGAACCUCUAAUACGUAUACUUCAUCGCCAGGAGGGAAAUAUGAACUUGAAGAGAAAAGAAGACGUGAACGCAUGGACAACCCGUUCUAUUUGGAUGAGAAGGAAGAUGAUUUGAAGAAAAAGGACAGUCUUCUAAUCGAUUUUGACGACAACGAAUCUGUUGUUGGCUCGCAAAAACCUAGUGUGAUAAGGCUUUCUGUAGAUGAUGGGGUAGAAAAAAAGAAGCAAAAGUCCAAGAAAAAGAAGAAGCAUAAGAAAGUUCAGGUCCUUUCUGAUGAGGUUGUCAUGAACGAUGACGGCAAAGAUGAUGACGAACUCAGUGAUUCUAGAAGUUUAAGUUCUGGUAAAGCUUCAAACAGUAAAAUCAACCUCAAGUUACAAACCAAACUGGAAACCUUCGAUUUUUCAAGGCCACAACCAUUGUCACAAGAUGCUAGUGAUGUUAGCGUCGAAGGAAAAGCUGAAUUGGAGAAAUUGCGAGCCAAGUUCGCACAAGAAUCUCUACACGACGGAGAUCCUGAUGAGGAAGUCAUAGUAAUAAAAAAGAAAAAGAAGAAGUCCAAGAAGAAGCAAGCUAGUUCCAAGAAGGAGAAGAUGGUAGAAGAGGGUGUAUAA